GUCCUGGUGAAAACCAUUUCCUUCGCCGUGGUAGGUGCUGGUCGUCAAGCCCCGCCACCGGCUCUUUGUCCUGCUCCAAUGGGAAGUUUCCGCUUCAAGGAGUCCAGACUGCCGAGGGCCACCGACUCUUGGCAGGCAGAGCUACAGAGCAGGCGACCUCCUCAGCCAACCCUGGACCCAGCCAGUUGCGCCAGUGCUUUGAAGCGACGCUUAGAGACAUGGAAGUUCCGCGCUGUGGCGCCAUUUCGCGUGAACUCGUGCGAGGGUCCGGAGGAAGCCGCGUUGGACUUCGAUGCGGACUUCGAAAGUGGUAGUUUGGGCCCGGUGACUCGCCUUGGUCCAGCGGAAUAUGAGGUUCAACUCUUAUCAGACGCCAAUGGAGGCUAUGUCCAGUGGUUUUGUUUCCGCGUGCGGCGGAUGAAGGUUGGAAUGCCAUACACUUUUCACCUCACAAAUCUCAUUAAACCUGGCAGUCUAUUUGAAGAGGGUUGUCAGCCGGUUCUGUUCUCCAAACGGAGAAUGGAAGAAUGUGGCAUCGCCUGGUCUCGAGAAGGCGAUGAAUGA